AUGAAACUAAGAGAAUCAAUAAAAAAUCCUUCAUUGACAUUAUUAGAUGAGGAUCCUAUUAUAAAAACAUAUAAUAUUUAUAUAUCUUCUUAUCUUAAUGAUAAUCUAUAUCUAUUUCAAUAUCCUAUACGUCCUUCAUCACAACCUUAUAUAGAAGAAUCAUUAAGCAAACCCUUAGAAUUACGAAUUAAACCUAAAUCAGGUAUUGUCGAAAUUGAUGUACCAAUUCAUACAAAACAAUAUUAUAAUGAAGAACGUGGUAUUAAAUUUUCUAAAAACCUAGAAAAUAAUUUUUCCGAAGACAAAUAUUCCAUACUUAAUUUUCAAACUCUUAGUUCGAAAAUAAGUCCUUGUCGUAAUUAUUAUAUGGUUGGAAUUAUUCGUGGAGAUGAACUUCAUCUUUCACCUGUAAAUUAUACUCUUCAGCUUAGACCGAGUUUUAAACAUCUAAAUAAUUUCUCUACUAUUAAAGAGACUUCUAUGACCGAAUUUCAUCCAGCUUCUAAUAUGUCUACUAGAGCAAUACAAACUUCCGCAAAGUCUUCAGAAUCUUCAGAAACAUUAGCACUUUCUACAACUCAUAUUCUUCGUUCUAUUGAAAGUGAGCCAUGGAUAAAUCUCAUCUGGAUAGAUUCGUCAUCAAUAAUGGCCAAAAAAAUCUUUCAACAUCUUUAUUGCAAUAAUACAGAUAACUUUAUACAAAGAUAUUACUCUAAAAAAGACUACCUUUCAGAUAUAUCGGUUUUUCAAUCAAAUCAUACAGAAAAUGAUCCUAAAAGAAUUUUUUUUAAAAAAAAAACUUAAUUUUCUUAAUAAAAAUGUCUCUACAUAUAAUAUAUAUAUAGAUAAAUAUAAAAA